AUGACCGAGCCUGAGCCUAAACCUGAGCCUGAACGUGGGCCUCUGACGACCGAAGCUCUCAAACAACUAGAGCGCCUGCAGAGCGAAGCGUUUACUCAAUUCAAGGCAGCGCUAGCGCGGUUGGAACUCCAUGUAGAGGAGCGAAAAGACUCGGCACAACGUACAGAUUCCUGGGUCAAGUUCGAGCGCUGUCGCUCCGUGAGCGAGGGUCGCGUACCUGCUUCCCAUUUCGACAGCGAUACCCAGCCUGUCUCCAAGAAGUUCACGAUUGCAGGGCGGCACUACAAUGAGUUCAUACCCGGUGCGUUUUCGUGGUCGUUCCCUGGCUCAGGAUCACUACCAGAUCUGGACAAUGCCGACGGAGAGCCAGCUGCCGACCGUGAGCUAGCAGCAGACGCUCAGCAGACGACGGUCGAGGUCGAAGAUCUCUUGGCUGCACAGCCGGAGGUUGAACCCGACAUCAACGGUCAUGCGGACAGUGCUCUCCUAUCGAAAGCUUCGUCUCCAACGCUGCCACACACCGAUCUCGGCGCUAACAUCGACGGCUACGGAGAAGCCAUGAGUUCGCUCUUCGGCCCUUUCGGUUCAGAUGGCAUGGUCCCAUCAAAUCUCCUUGGCAACGAGGCACAGUCGGCAUCGAAAUCCGGCGCAGACGACGCUCCUUCCGGCACACCUCAUAGCCCAAUAUAA